ACUUGCACUGCGCUUGUAUUUGAGAAUGUCUCAGGCUGCGCUGUGUGUGAACAAUGUGGAGGAGGGCCCGGCUGAGAGCUACGCGCUGUACCGCUUCCUGGGCAUUGUGGUGGGCAUGCUCAUCGCGCAGGCCGCGGCCACGUGCGUGUUCCAGCGCUCCGCCACCGAGGAUGUGUUGGACCGGCUGCGUCACUCGCUGUCGGAGCUGGCCGAGCUCAACAGGCUGGUGUGGGGCAACCAGAAGAAGAUGGCGGCCCCAGAGUACGGCGGCGAGGAGGCUGAGGCGGAGGGGUCGGGGGCGCGGCCCACGGAGGAGCAGCUGCUGGAGGGCUUCCAGGCGCGGAUCAACGCCGCGCUGAACGGCGCCCUGACCGCCCUGCCGCUGACCGCCACCGAGUGCCGCGUCAUCGGCGGCCCGCUGGCGGCCUGGUGGUUCGUGCCCUGGCCGCGCAGCUGCGGCGGCGGCGGCGGCGUGUGGCGCUGCUGCUGCGGGUGCGGCGCCCGGGGCUGGCAGCUGGACCAGGAGCUGGUGGGCCGCACCGUGGGCUGCAUCCGCCGGGUGAACCGGCUGCAGUGCAGCUUCUGGCUGCUGCUGAGCCACCCGCCCGCAGACCCGGCCAUCCGCCACGACCCCGCACUCAUACAGCUGCUCAAGGACUUCAGGUUCCUGACCCAAGCCGUGGUGGACGGCGUGUUGGCCGCCGCCACGCACCUGCGGGGGGUGGACGUGGACGCCCUGGAGCACCUCAACUCCAAGAUCCUGGACUCGCCGCGACUGGUGGCCCUUGGAGCAGGAGGAGGAGGGGCAGGGGGAUACGGGACAGCAGCAGCGGGCGGUGGGGGCUGGGGCGCGGGUGGCAGCAGCACGGCCGGCUCCUCGGCCGCCAGCGCCAGUGCCACCGCAAGUGGCCACCUGGCUGGGCUGUUGAUGGCGGGGGGGUCGGGGUCGGGGCUGCUGACGGCUGGGUCGGGGCCGGGCGGCAUCAGCGCGCCAGCCCCCACGCCUGCGGUGAUUGGCCGCCGGCCCUCGCGCUCGCCGUCGCCGCCGCCGCCGUCCGUGGCAUCGGCGGCUGCAGCAGUGGCGGCCGCGGCGAUGGCCACCGUCGCCUCGGCGGUGCGGAUGGGCGGCAGCAAGGCGCCGGGCGUCGGCGGCGGCGGCGGCGGCACUGACCCGCAGCUGUCGGAGCCGUUGCUGCCGGCAGGCGGUGUUGACAACGGCCAGGUCGCGCCUCCCUCCGCCACGCCCUUUGGCUCGCUGCAGUCGGUCGCCGCCCACACCACCCCCAAUGCUGCGGCGUACUCCCCACAUGCGGUGGUGGUGGUGCCCAGCGGCCUGGGCGGCGGUGGGCUGCUGCUGGGCGGCCCCAGCGCGCUGGAGGAGGAGGCGGGCAAGGACGACGACGCCGCCAGCGUGUUCCACCGGCCGCCGCUGCAGUACAUGCCCACAGGGCUGGCGGGGUUCGAGCGCAGCGCUCUGACGCCCGAGGUGUGGUGGCACACGUUCCAGUUCCUUCUGACUCAGCUGGCGGCGGAGGUGAGCGCCAUGCAGGAGGCGGUGUCGGCGCUGGUGCGCACCGUCAAGCCCUAGCUAGGCAGCCAGCAGCAGACAGGGCCCGCCCUGGGUGCGAGACGUGUGGGGGCGUGGGGCGGAGGCAGGUCGUGGCGGCACAAGCGGCGGCAGCAGUGACGGCGGCAGCAGUGACGGCGGCAACAGUGACGGCGGCAGCAGUGACGGUCGCAGCAACGGCGGCGCCGGGGUCGUGCGUGUUGCUACAGCAGCAGGCGGCGGCGGCGGCUGCCCUUCCGACACUCGGGAGCAAGCAAAACGAACGACUGGGUACAUGUUUUUCUGAGAGGACAAGGGGAGGAAACGCGCAGGAUUGUGUGUACAUGAGGGACUGGGGGCGGCUCCACGGGGUUGCUACACCAGGCGGGGAUGAGGCGGCGUCCGAGGCGCGUGCGCAGUAGUGCUUGGGUGGCGGGUGGGUGAGGGGCGAAUGGCGGCCAGGGCGGGUGACGGGGAGUGAGCGUUGUGACGUUGUGUGCGGCAAUAAGGAUGAGGCGCGGUGCAAGUGCGCCGGUGGUGAUGGCCAGCAGCUCUUGUGAAUGUGGCAGCCAGGAUGCAUGUGUACACACGAUGCCUGUGACCAGCUGAACGCGAGUGCAGACUCGACAAGUGUCCAGUCCCCUGCGUCCAUGCCCUAGCCCUCCCCUGCCCUGGACUGAGCCCGGCAUCACCGCAUUAUUAUGGCUGCUGAGGAAGCCAGAUGCGGUUUCAUUGUGUGAGUGUCAGCGUAUGGGCGUGGGCAUGGGAUAGAAACUGAAGUGUGAAAGUGGUGUAAAAUGGGUGUAGGAUCAGGUGUGGGAUGCGGUGAGCUACAUCCCGGCGAGCUGCUAGAGCGCAUCCGGGCGUCCGGGAACCUAGAGGCGGUUGCUAGCACGAGUGGGACGUCGGUGAGCGGGCGCUAUGUCCGUGCGUGGCAAUCGGCAGGGCGGGAGGUGUGGAACGUCGUGGUGAUGGUGACGCCCCAGGAACGCAGCGCAUUGAUCAGGGCCGCACACCUGGUCCGCAGCACAGGUGUGGUGGUGGCCAAGGUGGUGGCGCCUUACCUGACGUCCGUAGGGUGUGCACUGCGCAUAGAGCAACUCGGAGCUUUCGAAGGGUUUCGAGCAGCAGGGCUGAAGCCCCGAUGGAAGGGAGGGGCGGGCAUUCGGUGCCGAGGCACCUAAUCACCUAGGCUGACGGGCUAGCAGUUGACGUAGUUGGCAUUGAGUAGUACAGUCGAACACGCCUAACUUCGUUGCGCAAAGUAAGUUUCCCGGCGUUAUAAGGGCCCACCGGCCCGGGCCACUGGUACUUACGGGGACAGGAUAGCACGCAUGCUCGUGCACACCACCUUGUAACCAACAACAACA